CUCCCACAAGCAAAGAUGCAGCUUCAGUGACGACUCCCACAAGCAAAGAUGCAGCUUCAGUGACGACUCCCACAAGCAAAGAUGCAGCUUCAGUGACGACUCCCACAAGCAAAGAUGCAGCUUCAGUGACGACUCCCACAAGCAAAGAUGCAGCUUCAGUGACGACUCCCACAAGCAAAGAUGCAGCUUCAGUGACGACUCCCACAAGCAAAGAUGCAGCUUCAGUGACGACUCCCACAAGCAAAGAUGCAGCUUCAGUGACGACUCCCACAAGCACAGGUGCAGCUUCAGUAAAAUCAAUUAGCACAGGUGCAGCUUCAGUGACGACUCCCACAAGCACAGGUGCAGCUUCAGUAAAAUCAAUUAGCACAGGUGCAGCUUCAAUGACGACUCCCACAAGCACAGGUGCAGCUUCAAUGACGACUCCCACAAGCACAGGUGCAGCUUCAGUAAAAUCAAUUAGCACAGGUGCAGCUUCAGUAAAAUCAAUUAGCACAGGUGCAGCUUCAAUGACGACUCCCACAAGCACAGGUGCAGCUGCAGUGACUCCCACAAGCACAAAAACGGCUUCAAGGACUACGCUAACAGCCGCAUUUUCAGUGACAAGCACAGACUCAGCUUCAGUGCUAACUCACAAAAGCCAAGACGUAACUUCAGUGACGGCUCCAAUGAGCAAAGCAGCCACUUCAACGAGACCAGUAAGCACAGACUCAGCUUCAGUAACGACCCCAGUAAAUACAAGUGCUGCUCCACCGACACCCAGCAGCACUGCUGCAGCUGCGGCAUCUCCAGAAAACACAGAGGCGGCGUUCGCUACCCCAUCGAGCGCAGAUGCGGUUUCUCCGACUGCAAUAGGCAGCACAGACACCGCCUCAGCGACGACUACUGUCAGCACGGAUACAGUUUCAGUGGACCCAAGUGCAUUUUCCACUUCAGGUAAUAUUUCAAUAGGCGUAAAUACAGUCUUCAUGAGUACUGCCCCCGGAACAACCACAGCUUCAGAAAAAUCUCCAGUGACUGCAGCUUCAGCUUCACAGGAGACUCCAGUACAUCACCUGUUCCACUCAGAACGCAGACAAACUGAACCGGCAGUCACCGUGACAAAGUCAACCGCAGGGGCCUAUCAGUCAACCCCAAUUAUCAGCACCUCAACAGACAGUCGGCUUCUCCGAAACCAAUCCCCCUCCAGCCCCCCAACACAGACCCUCUCCACAAACGGAAGCCCGGCCUUCACAACCUCCACCGACCAGGCUCUGACCCUGACCACUUUGAACCACAGUACCACGGUCUCCCUGGGUGCCAUCCCACUGGAGGACACCAACCGGGAGGCGGUCCCUGAAAUCAGCCCGAAGGAUAAGUCCAUACCAGCAAACGCAUCUCCGGACGAAUCCUCCACGGACGGAAAGGAUCGCCAAGCUAUGAGUCCACUGCUGGCGUUCCUAAUGAGCGGCUUGCUUCUGGGAAUGCUGAGCGGCAUCGGCGGCAUUCUGCUGAGAGAGAGGUGCUCCCGGACGGCGAGGACAGCCGACUCCGACUGGGCCGGACCCUCCCCGUUCCAAAACGGCGCGUUCCCGUCAGACUCGCCCCCCGGCGCGGGAGAGAGCGGAGCCCGGCUGACGGGGUUCAGCCGGCCGAGCCCGACCUCCGUCCCGCCCUGGCCCCCGGCGAGCCGCCUCUCCCUGCUGGGGGCCGCGGACGAGGAGCUCCAGACGGACGGCGUGCCGCUGGGCUCCACGUUCGGCCGGGCCCCGCUGGGGGACCCGGAAUCCGAGGGGGCUGCCGACGCCCGCGCCGUCGACCCCUCGUCGAGCCCGACGAGCGGGACCCCGAAGACCGACCCCGCCGCGCCCGCUCCCCCCGAGGUGCCGACGCCCAGCCCCGACACUGUGGUGGACAUCACCCCGUGUGGCAACUUGUCGGUCCCUCCCCCUCCUCCACUUCCUUCUGCUCAUCUAAGCUUCCUGUACAGUCACACAAAAUAAGAGAACUCUCCCCUCUAUAUAACCAGCUAACCACUGGUACGUAAGAAGAAAACACAACUAGGCUAGACUAGUACUAACAUGUGGGAAUGUCACAACCCACAGAGAUAAGGGAGGGGGUGGGGUGGGGGUUUGCUUUUUGUCUUUUUUUUCUGAAAAAACCUCUAACACAAGUCUUCAUUUAAUCAUAGUUCUGAGAGAACAGAUUAAAAAUGUAUUGUAGCCAAAACUGUAAAAUGAAGUUGUUUUUUUUUCCAACUAUGUUUUUUCUGUGAAUGCUUUGUUAUUCUUCUGAAUUCUUUGUUCCUAAGCAAUAAUUAAAAAUUCAUAAUAGAGUAAACGGUGGCUUGACCAUAUCAUUCUCCUGUUUUCAUUUUUUACCCAUUUCUAAUUGACACCAUUCACUAACAGUCGUUUGAUUUCACCCAUGGCGGCGGGACUGAUGCGGUAAUGGACAGAAAGGGCAUUUCCCAUUUCUGCCCCUCUGGCAGAAGGCCAGACCUUCCCUGGCCUGAGAGAGCAGUGAAACUGUAACCCAGCGCACUCAUUCUGCGGUGCUGAGUUACUCUUUUGCGCAGCGGCUGCUGUUCCACCACGGGACGGGGGUGCAGAUAACCGUGCACGGGCUUUCAGAUCGUGGCUGUGCACAGGGGGCUGGGGGGGGUACACCGCUGCAACAGUGGGGAUGACUCUGACCCGAACUGAGCCCGGAGUGAAAACGUGUGUGUGUGUGUGCGUG